CGAAGACAUGCGGAUCGAGGACACUUUCAAAGUGAAACAAGAAGAUACGGAGGAACAAGUAGAGAUGGUGUUUAUUAAAGAAGAGAUUGAAGAAAUUAAGGUUGAAGAAACAUUCAGAGUCAAACAUGAAGAUACUGAGGAACAAACAGUUUUGUUAGGGUCAUUGUCAAUGUCUGUAGCAUAAUGCAGUACCGAGGCAGUCAAGGUCCAGCCGGAUUGCACAUCCAUACAUAUCAUCAAAAGGAAGUUAGGUGUGUCUCCAGCAUAGUUUCAAGAGCCUGGAGGAGAUACCGGGAAACCGGCCAUUAUACGAGGAGAGCUGGACAGGCAUGUAGAAGGGCAACUGCUUCUACUGCUUCCCACCGACUGAGCCAAAGUGAAUUGCUGGGAAUGGAGUACCUUUACAGCCAGAUUGGCAAAAAUCUGACUCCAGUACCUCAGAAACCAGAGGAGGAAGACAGGCUGGUGGAGGAAGUUGAUGACAAGAACCUGCAAGAUGAGGGGUUUAAGGAAGGGAGUCAAGGACAAGGUGGUGAACAAAGACAGCAUCUUGCACCUGCCCCUUCAGUGCUGUCACAGCCAUUUGACACUGGAAGCAGUCUCUCCGAUGAGGCUCAGGGAGCAGUCAUUGGACCCGAUAACAUCACUUGGUGGGACAAGGUCCAGGAACUGGCUGGUUACCUGGUGGGUCUUCGUGAGGCUCCCUACCUCAAUGACCUGCAGGUGACAGAAGCCAUCCAGCUGUGGACAGCUCUCCCUCAUAUUGAUAAACAGCAGGUAAACUAUCAGCCUCAGCUGACACAUGGGAACUUAAAGGCACCGAAGCCGUCCAAAGUCACACCGGGUGUGGAGAGUGUGAAACGGUGUCUGAUUGGACAUCCUGGGAGUCCAGCACUGUUGCAAAGCACCAUCUGCUUGGUUGAGGCCAUUUGUAUGAAGCUGUGUGCUUUACACAAGUCGCCGACCAAGAAGGCUGGAGUUUGCACCCCCAGGUGGUCUAAAAUCCUCUCGGAUUACCUCCACAUCCGAGAGCUGGUGCUUAACAGUCACAGGUUGAUGGAUGAAACAACGAUCCAACUGUUUGAGCUAAAUCAGAGGACACUCAUUCAGUGGUUUCAGCAGCGGCAGAAGAAUAAGGAAAUGAGUGUCCUCACCCAGGUACUUAAUCUACCUGACCGAAUUGAUGUAGCUGAUAUGCAGGUUCCUCCGUCAAGGAAAAAAAUGGAUGAAACGUCAUCGACAUCAGGCCCAAAACAUCAAUUUAUCCUUCCGACAAAUCAAGAAUGGCGGGCUCCUCUUCUGCGACCAGGUCGACAGCCCCCUGCUAUAGCACCUGCCCUCACAGCAUCAGGAGUUGUGCAGCCCAUUUCAGCACCUGGGUCAUUGUUAGGCACACUAGUCCUUAACCCAGACAUGACUGUAUCAAUAGUUAUUCCAUCUUUUGGUGCUUCAAGAUUCAAUGCAGGCCCAGUUCCGCCUGCUCCAGUGUCUGCUGCUCCUGUGUCCCGUUACACACAGAGGAACAGGCGUCGGCGGGCCCUGGAGAAGGAAAGUGGAGUCUAUAAGAGGAAGUAUGUGCGGGGGGUUACUUUUAACAUGUGCAGCAAAUGUGGGCAGCCCAAAACGAAAGAGUUUGGCCACAGUCGAUAUGGUAAUGCCACAUUUUGCUUGCAUGCCUCAAAUGGCAAAUCUUUAGAUGACUGGUUGGCAGAACAGCGCAGGCAAAAUAAAUGCCAACCUCCACCUCCUCAAUAAAUGAUAUCUUUCUUGUAUGCAUUAUGUAUAUAUAACAUGGACCCACUCUUUCCUAUUGUCCUCUCUCUCUCUCUACACAUAUAUGCAAUGAACGUGUGUGUGUGUACUAAUAUCAAUAUGUGGUAUUCAUUUUAAUAAAACAUUUUACAUUUGAAGUGUC